UGGUCAAAUCAACAUGGCGGCGCUGUGUGCAGGAGUUUAGUGAGAUGACAGAAUCGAAACUUGCGUUUUGAAGGACAGACUUAAAUUUUGAAAGGUUUUGGUGGAUUACUUCAGCCUUCAAGAUGCAGCCACUGAAAACUGACCUUAAUACACAAAAUUGUAAAACAGAGUGAUGGCAGACGUUGAUAGCAAUCCUGCAUCUGAUGCAACGCCCUCAAAGGAGGAGGAGCCUGGUGGUCCUUCUCAAGACUCCCAGAACAACACUCCUGUAGUUGAUGUUCAAGCUGUCGGCAACAGCGAGGCAGCUCCUGACAAGUAUCGCUACAUCAAGGAUGACCUCUUCACCUCAGAAAUCUUCAAAGUGGAGAUCAGGAACCUGCCCAGGUUCAUCGGCUUCAACGACCUAAAGAAGUUCCUGGCCAAACACGGGAUCAACCCGCACAAAAUCAAGCUCAUCGGCAAGCAGACGUUUGCUUUUGUCACGUUUAAGAACGAGGAGGAGCGGGACAAGGCCAUGAAGAUGGUCCACGGCAUGCAGUGGAAGGGCCAGGUGCUCAGCGUCAGGCUGGCCAAGCCCAAAGCAGACCCCAUCCUGAUGAAGAGGAAGCAGGAGGAGGGUGAGGGCGCAGCGGGGCAGCCGGCUUCCAAGAGAAGCGAAGGGGGCGAGGAGGCGGAAGAGGAGCCUCUCAGUGUUCAGAUCGCCAAUGUGGUGACUCCUCUGUGGAACGUGCCUUAUGAGGAGCAGCUGAGGAGGAAGGAGCAGGAGGUGGUGGCGGUUCUGCAGAGGUUGGCCAAAGAGAUUGGCAGCACCAAUAAAGCCAUGUUACCGUGGUUGUUUGCACAGAAAGGAAAAUUCAACAAAAUGUGUUGUCCUCUUGAAGCUAUUCGGCCGUCUCCAACACAGACAGAGUACAGAAACAAGUGUGAGUUCCUCAUCUCCGUCGGGGCAGACGGUGAGGAUAAGACCAUCGGCUUUCGUUUGGGGAAGUAUAAAGGAGGCUCCUGUGCUGUGGUGGGGCCAGCAGACACCUGCCAUGUUUCAGCAGAGGCCAAAAGGGUGGUCAGCGAAUUUCAGAAGUUUAUCAGGACAACACCAUACUCUGUGUACAGUCCUGAGACGUACGAAGGACACUGGAAGCAGCUGACUGUUCGCACUACAAGGACCAAACAAGCUAUGGCUGCUGUCUUCUUCAACCCACAGAAACUUGAAGAAGAGGAGCUCGAUGCCCUGAAGAGCUCUAUGAAGAAGUACUUCACAGAAGGAGAGGGCAAAGAGAGUGGCGUGACCUCUUUAUACUUUGUUCGAGACGGUCAGAGAAAAUCUGCCAACCUGGAGGAUCUGCCCUGCGAGCUUGUAGYCGGGGAGAGCUGCAUUCAAGAGGAGCUUCUCGGUCUGACMUUCAGGAUUUCUCCUCACUCCUUCUUCCAGGUGAAUACAGGCGCUGCAGAGGUGCUGUACUCAGCUGUGGGCGAGUGGGCCCAUCUGGAUCAGGACAGCACAGUCCUGGAUGUGUGCUGCGGGACAGGAACCAUCGGCAUCUCCCUGGCAAAAAGAGUAAAAAGGGUGAUUGGGAUCGAGAUGUGCCAGGAAGCAGUGGAGGAUGCCAGAGUUAACGCCAAGCUCAAUGGCCUGAGUAACAUCGAGUUUCACUGUGGAAAAGCUGAGGAUGUGUUCUCCAACGUCCUCAAUGCUGUUGUCUCACCCAACAUCACCGCCAUUGUAGAUCCACCAAGAGCAGGCCUGCAUUCCAAAGUGAUCCUUGCCAUCAGGAGAGCAGAGCAUCUAAAGAGGCUUGUUUACGUUUCAUGCAAUGCCAAGGCAGCCAUGACCAACUUCAUUGACCUGUGCAGGGCUCCUUCCAACAGAGUUCACGGAGCGCCGUUUCGUCCGGUGCGAGCGAUGGCCGUGGAUUUAUUUCCUCAGACGAUGCACGUUGAAAUGCUUCUGCUGCUUGAGAGAGUGGACUACGACUCCCAGCAGCUGCAGGCUCCCUCAGUGACAGGCUCUGAAUAGUUAAAUGUGUGCACACAAGUUAGUUAAAAAAAUACCUUUUUUUAUAAAUUAUAUUUAAAAGGUUAGUUGCAUAUAGUUUCUCAAGUGUUCUGGCCAGAUAAAUCACCUUUACGUUASAAAAUAUUCUUGUUUUGAUUCAUGAACGUUACUUCUGUUCAGUGAACUCAUACAAACUGUACUAUGACAAAUAAAGACUUACACAAACUGAAA